AAUCAAAAUAAACAAACAAAACAAAAACACCAUAACUAAGUAACAAACAUUUCUAAACAAAAUUCAGUUUCCUUAGUUUUUCCCCACCAAAAAAAUUAAAAAAAUGGCGUUGAGAAGUGCAAUUUCCAUAGGUAGAAGAGCAGGAACAAACCCAGUUUUUCUGUCAGCAACAUCUGUUUUUGGCACUUCCAAGUCCCUAACUCUUUUCCAACGUUCAAUCCCUUUUCAUGAAACUAAACAUGAUUUUAGACAUUCAAUUCGUGCAUUUCAAGGAGCAACAUUGGAUCCAAUAACACCCAAGAAAGAUGAAGAAGAAAAGAAUCAAGAUUAUGAUCAUAAUUGGAAAAUUAAAAUGUUGUAUGAUGGAGAUUGCCCACUUUGUAUGAGGGAGGUGAAUAUGUUGCGAGAGAAGAAUAAGGAGUAUGGGACUAUCAAAUUUAUUGAUAUAAGCUCGGAAAAUUACUCACCUGAAGAAAAUCAAGGCCUUGAUUACACAACUGUUAUGGGGAAAAUUCAUGCGAUUCUUGCUGAUGGAACAGUAGUAACAAAUGUUGAGGCUUUUAGGAAACUGUAUGAAGCUGUUGGUCUUGGAUGGGUUUACGCUGUUACAAAAUACGAGCCUGUUGCAACUAUAGCAGAAGCAGUUUAUGGUGUAUGGGCAAAAUAUCGUCUUCAGAUAACAGGGAGACCACCUAUGGAAGAGAUCCUUGAAUUAAGAAGACUGAAGAAGGAUGAAACUUGUAAUGACAGCAACUCUUGUAAAAUGUAAAGGCUCCAAGAGCGUCGCAACAUCUAAACAAUAGUCACCACUGGAGAUCUUUGAAGUCAGAAACAGCUCACUUUAUAUUUCAUACUUUUAUCUUUUGCAAAGGAGCUCAUUUAUACAUAAACAAGGUUCUAUCUUAUAGAUUACAAUGUAAUGUUGAGAUUCAUGUUGUACAACAGAUGUGUGAUACACAAAAUACUACUUUAUGUAUAUAAUAAGAUACAGCUAUUCUGCUUUA